AUGGAUAUAUCUACACAAAAAAAACAAUACAGGAAAAAACUAAUGAACAUUUUUGUUGUUGAUUGGUAUAAGUUGCUAGGCAACCAGUAUUUUGGUAUGUGGUCGAAUAAGCUAACGUUAAAAAUAUUAGAAAAAAAUUAUCUCUAUAAAUUGUGGAGAGGAGAUGGCCAAGAAACAGGAAUUUUUGUGAAAAGAGCAGAUGGUCUUUUAUUAGUAUAA